AUGGCAGUAUCCACCAUCUCGAGCACACCUCCGCUAUUCGAUCGCAGCAACACUUUCCUAGACUCAUUCGUCCCUAGCAAUCGCGAACCCCGCCAGCCAGCUCCCAAGCGGCAAUUGUUCCCGCAGCUAGACUCGUCCGAGGCCACGCCCAGCGAAAAUGGGUCUGUCUACGAUGCAAAACAUGUCUGCUCGGAAGAUGAGGCGGAUGAGCCCCCAAAGAAGAGACCUCGAAGCAGGAGGCGGUCGCAUUCCCGCUCCCUGUCCGGACAGGAAUGGCCGCCCUCUGGCAUUGCGAACGGGCCCGGCGUAGCAGUCCGAUUCAUCAACAGACCGGACGCAACGCCGUUGACCACCAUCAUCGAGCAAAAGUCGAUUGCAACGCUCCGCUCUGCUGUAAACGGCAUUGCCGCGACACGCGUCAACCGCUGGGCGGAAGCCCCGGAACAAAAGCAAUCAGGCGGAGGCCACGCGGGCAGGCGUCAGGCGGCUCUCACCAUUGAUGAAGCAACGCUUCGAGAACUGCACGAGAUCAUCGAUAGCCAAAGGCCACCGGACCAAAGGGUCUCCUCAGGAUCAGGCACAGGCUACGUCAAUGACGUCGAGCAUCCCGCACGUCCAAUUUCGCCGCCGCAGUCGCCGCCCGUUCGGGCUCAGACGCCGUGCGGCCUGCCCCGCUGGCCGGGAGAUUUGCCAACUUCGUUUGGAGCUCCGCACCGCAGGGUCUCACGCGUGAGGAGUUUUGGAUAUGCUCUUCGCCAUUUCUUCCGCGGCCCUCGGGGAGAGCUUGGAGGACGAGACCCCGGCAAUCAGACCGCAAUGCGCGGGGUGCAUGAAGUGCAGCAGUGGCGGCAAUGGCCCCACGCCAACCAGGCCGACCGCGCUGCCGGGCUCGCAUUCUGGGCGCCCCCGAGCAGUGGACACGGGUCGAGCAAUCCUCCGGGCUGGCAUAUCUUCGAGCCCGACGUGCAUGAGCCGGUGACUGAGAUAGACGCUCCCGACAGCCCGGCACCGGAAACACCGUCGCGAUUCCACGCACGGAAUGGGACACGAGGCCAGGACUCUACACAACACGGACCGCGGCAGCUACAGGAUCGACAAGGACCGAUGCAGGCAUCCAUGCCAGGAUCCGCGCCGCCAAACGUUGCACAACCCGUGCGCGGUCAGGCCUCCAAGCGCCCCUUGACCCCGACUAGGCGUCGGCAGGAGCGUCUCCCCGCUGAGGACCCCGGUCGAACCGAAUCUCCAGAUUCGGUUUACUCAACGCCCACACAGACCAGCAGGCACUCUAGUCAUCCGUUGAUACCUGCGCCCCUGUUCACGAGCCCGCCUCAUUCUCGCCGUCGUCUCGACCCGCGCAUUCCCGUUUCCCCCCACAAAGAACGCAGCAGAGAUGACAUCGACGUGUGUUACACUGCCGAUGACAUUCCCGUUUACCGCCCAGACGCUUGCACCAGUUUCGGCGGGUCAUCUGCUUCCACCAUCGUCUCCGCUUCGCCUCUCAUUCUCAAACCCGAGUCUCAACCCCAAACAAAGCAAUCCCCCUCCGACUCUGCUCUGGACCCCUCGCCUCCCUCGAUGAGUCUUACGCUGCAGAAGGAAUCGUCCGCCCUCGUCUCAUUGCUCGCCCUGUGA